GAUCGAUGCCGUCUGUGUACAAUUUCAAGAAAAUCACCGUCGUCCCUUCCGCUGCGGAACUGAAAGAAAUUGUUCUUUCGAAAACACAGCGGAAGACGCCAACGGUGAUCCAUCGGCAUUUUGCAAUCAGUCGGAUUCGUGCGUUUUAUUCACGCAAAAUCAAAUUCCUGCAACAGGUUCUCCAUGAUAAACUCACGCAAAUUAUCGAGGAAUUCCCGAAAAUGGAGGAGGUACAUCCGUUCUACGCUGACCUCAUGAACAUCCUCUAUGACAAAGACCAUUACAAGAUUGCGUUGGGCCAGAUGAACACCGCUCGUCAUUUGAUCGACGGGAUUGCCCGGGAAUAUGUACGUUUGAUGAAGUACGGUGAUUCGUUGUACCGGUGUAAAAUGCUGAAGCGUGCGGCUCUGGGACGAAUGGUGAAGUUGUUGCGGCGCCAGAAGUCAAGUUUUGAUUACUUGGAACAAGUGCGCCAGCAUCUUUCCCGUCUGCCAACCAUCGAUCCGAACACAAGGACCCUGAUACUGUGCGGUUUCCCGAAUGUCGGCAAAUCAUCGCUGAUGAACCUGCUCACACGUGCUGACGUCGAAGUGCAGCCGUAUGCAUUCACCACAAAAGCUCUCUACGUUGGACAUCUCGAUUACAAAUAUCUCCGAUGGCAAGUUAUUGACACACCCGGUAUCCUUGAUCAGCCGUUGGAAGAGCGCAACACCAUUGAAAUGCAAGCGAUCACAGCUCUUGCUCAUUUACGAGCCGCAGUACUGUUCAUCAUCGACAUCAGUGAAAUGUGCGAUCACACUAUCGAGGAGCAGGUUGCUUUAUUUGAAAGCAUCAGCCCGUUGUUUGUGAACAAACCCGUACUGGUAGGCCUGAAUAAGAUCGAUAUCACAGGACGACAAGAACUUAAGCCCGAGCAGGUCAAGUGCCUUGCAAAACUGGAGGAACGUUCGGUGCCUGUCUUCGAGCUGAGCACCGUCACGCAGCAAGGAGUCACGGAUUUCAAAAAUACGGCUUGUGAUAAUCUGCUAUCGCAGCGCGUUGAAAGCAAGCUACAAUCGAGAAAACUGGAUGGCCCAGAUAGCGUCCUCAAUCGUAUCUUUGUCGCCUAUCCAACUCCAAGAGAUGACAAGGUGCGAGCACCGUACAUCCCGGAAGCAGUACUAAAGAAGAGGAUUCUGAGCGCCAGCAAUCCAAAUAUUGAAAGAAGCGCUGGGAUGCGUAAAUUAGAACGACAGAUAGAACUGGAAAUGCAGGACGAAUACAUUCUUGAUUUGAAAAAGCAUUACUUACUGAAAAACGAGGAAGAGAAGUACGAUAUUAUCCCAGAAAUAUGGGAAGGACAUAACAUUGCUGAUUUCGUUGCGUCAAACAUCAAAGAAGAGCUGGAAGCAAUAAAAGCAGAGGAAGAUGCGAGAGUAAAAGCUGGGUGAGA